GAUCCAAAAUGGCGGACAGUGGAGCUGGUAGCAGCGGUGAAAUGGAUAAAAACAACGUCAAUUCCAGUGCAGUCGAUCCUCUAAAAUUGUUCUACCCUGCCGUAAAUGAAGACGAGACAUCAUUGCCAAGGUCCUGGAGUCCAAAAGACAAAUAUAACUUCAUCGGAUUGUCCCAAAAUAACCUUAGAGUCCAUUAUAAAGGAACUGGGAAAACUCAUAAAGAUGCCGCGUCAGUCAGGGCAACUCAUCCUAUUCCAGCUGCCUGUGGGUUGUAUUAUUUCGAAGUGAAAAUCGUCAGCAAAGGCCGAGACGGAUACAUGGGUAUUGGCUUGUCUGCACAGGGUGUGAACAAUAACAGGUUGCCAGGGUGGGACAAACACUCUUAUGGUUACCACGGUGAUGAUGGUCACUCAUUUUGUUCUUCUGGCACCGGUCAGCCAUAUGGUCCAACAUUUACUACAGGUGACGUGAUUGGCUGUGGGGUCAAUCUUAUAGAUAAUACAUGUUUUUAUACAAAGAACGGGCAUAAUCUAGGCAUAGCAUUUACAGAUUUACCACCUAAUUUAUACCCUACUGUGGGAUUGCAAACACCUGGUGAAGUGGUAGAUGCCAAUUUUGGCCAGAGUCCUUUCGUAUUUGAUAUCACAGAUAUGAUGAAGGAAAUGAGAGCCAGAACCCGGCAUACAAUAGAACGGUUUCCUGUAGCUGAUAGUAAAGGCGAAUGGCAAACUACACUACAAAGAAUUGUCUCUACAUAUUUAGUACAUCAUGGCUACUGUGCUACAGCUGAAUCAUUUGCUAGAAGUACAGGUCAAUCAUUUGAUGAAGAACUUGCAUCAAUAAAAAGUAGACAAAGAAUACAGAAACUAGUUCUUGCAGGCAGAAUGGGAGAAGCUAUAGAAACCACUAAAAAGCUGUAUCCAGGAUUGCUAGAACGCAAUAGUAAUUUACUUUUUAUGCUAAAAGUACGACAGUUUAUAGAAAUGGUUAACGGAACGGACAGUGAAGUUAAAAGUCUACUAAGUAAAAGUGUUAAAGCCAGCAUGAAUUGGUGUAAUCCUCAAUCACUGAGUCCAAACCAUAGUUUAUCAUCAUCUACUUUAUUACAUAAACCAUCACCUCGACAUGAGAGUAUAGGAAGUAGUAGCUCAUCAAGUUCAAGUAUUAUCAGCAAUAAAUCAACUCAUAAUGAAAUGAAUAGCAGUACAGUGGAAAUGAAUGUGACAAACAGUGCACAUAUAAUGAAUGGAGCACCCACUAGUAGUAGUAAAAGUAGGGUAAUUAACGAUGAUGAAGAGGAUGAUAUGGACAUUGAAUGUCAGGAUGAGAACAGUAUACAUAUACAUAAAUCUGUUAGUAAUGGAUCAACGCAUUAUAAUAUGAACGGUAGCUACCUGGAAGAUGAAGAAAUGGACACUCAAGACACAGAACAUGAACCUAGUACAAGUAGACGACAGUUGUGUGGUGGCAGUCCCGUAGCCAUAAAACACAUGUUGCAAUUUGGUAGAGAAUUACAGGCAAUGAGUGUUCAAUUAAAAAGAAAACAUGGAAAGAAUGAAUCGAACAAGAAGAUGCUGCAGGAUGCAUUUAGUCUAUUAGCCUAUUCUGAUCCUUGGUCCAGUCCAGUAGGUUUUCAAUUAGAUCAAGUUCAGAGAGAACCAAUAUGUGCUGCCCUCAAUAGUUCUAUUCUAGAAUCUCAUAAUCUUCCAAGACAGCCACCAUUGGAAUUAGCACUGGGACAAGCUAUAUCAUGUGUGAAAUUAAUGUCUAAAGUUGGGUUAGGAUCAUGUGCCUUCGCCAGCGUUGAAGACUACCUACAUUGACACUGAAUAUCAAAUUGCAAUGCUUGUGUGAUUAGCUAUAAGGGUCAUGAGCUCUGAUUAAUCAUGCAUGUUGUGACAAACUAUCAUAGUAUAUCCCUCACAUAUAUUGUUUUGUGUUUCGUGAAUAUGCUAGUAAAGAUGAUUCUGUAUAAAGUGUUGUUGGCACCACAUUGGCAGCAUCUUUUGUAAUGCAACACACACUGAAACUAGAAUUUGUACAUAAUGCAAUUUUUACCUCUGCUGUUGACUGUCAACAGAGCAGAGUUAUUAACAUUGUCACCACUAGAAGAACAUUUUCCCACAUCAACAAAGUUACACCAGGGUAUGAGACUUCCAAUGUUCAGCAUUAUUGGCUUGAAAACAGAAAGAUUUGUUUAUGUUUGUUUGUUGUGUUCCAUGUUUGGAACAUGGAAUCUGAAAACACAAGCAUAGUGGUCUCCUAUCUGUUGUAGUGUAAUAAUUGUGAACAUUGUGAAUGAGGAUGAGAGAAGACACAAGUUGUACCACUUUCAAAGGAACAAGACUGAUGUGAGCCUGUGCAAAGGAUAUGGCUGUUAUUUCAAUUCCUGGUUCAGAGCUGACUGUGUUAUCCUUUACCUGUUGCUGGGGCAUGUAUUUUUUUGUUGAAAAUGUAUUCAACUUUGUCUGAUGAUAUACUUUUGGAAUUUGAACUUGAUGUUGAUUUUUUGAUAUCACGUUUGAAUACUCGAGUGAUUACAAUUUUUGUAUGUUUUCAAGAAACAUCAUAUUUUGUUCUCUGUAAUAUCAUUUCCAGGAUAUGUUUUCUGGAUUACACAAUCUGAAAUGUGAUGAACCUAUAUUGUACAAUUUAAAAAAAAAUUUAAUGUCAAGCAAGAGCAGUUAUUUGAUGCGAUGCGAUGAUAAGAUUACUAUAAUAGUUUGUCUACCUGUAGUUUGCAAGAAUCACAUUCAUGCACAUUUUCGAUCAAUACGCAUACUUUGUCUAGGUGAUAAAUUCUUUUAAGAGCUUUGCUAAUAUUUUUAUGAUUAACAGUCCCACUCUGCCUGAAACUUAUUAAUUAAAUUAUUUAUGUAUAACCCAAAA